UCCAUGCUGACAUCAUGGCUGAACUAUUGAAAUCAAGUUGACGACAGCAGUAAGAUUCGGGACGAGUGAAGUCAAGUCAGUUUGGUAGCUUGAUUGAUACAUGCUCGUGUCAAGAUGGCUUCUGCAUCUAAUAUGAGAGAGGAACAGCUUGCAACGUUAAGAGAAGAACUUGUGGAGCUCUUGAAAGCAAACCAACCUCACAUAAACCUUGGGAAUCUUCAGGGGCUCUACAGCAAGCAUUUUAAGAAGGACCUCGCCGUCAGGAAAUUUGGCGUAUCCUCAGUCAAGCAACUGGUGCCUUUGCUCGGGGACGUUGUGGAAAUAGUCACCGUCGGGAAAAGUAGAUUUCUGAUGUUGAAAAAGUUGCCAGUGGCCACAAAAGCACAGAAGAAAGGUGGAAUUAGGAAUUAUAUCCCAGUUGAAAACACCACGGCUGCAGCCAAAGACACCGGAAAUCUGUCAGCAGGGUCAGAGCCCAGCUCCAAGAGAUACCAAACAGAUCAAUCUUCGGUGUGCAGAAGAGAUACCUUGAUGGACUUGAGGAAGGAUUUGGUGGAAUUGUUUCAGAGUUCCCCUACAGGGUACAUCGAGCUGAACUGCCUGCCAGAAAAGUAUAAGUGGAAGUACAAAAGAGCCCUGAACCUUGCUGAAUAUGGCAUCACCACAGCUGACUCGGUUGCUUAUGCAUUCAGGGACAUUCUUGAGGUUGUCAGUCAGUGCGAUAACAUCAAGCAUCAACAUGUCCGAAUUAAGCCAGAAUGCACUGUCGCCCAACAAAACAGAGGUGUGGGUAAGCAGACCAAGCCUAACUAUAUGCAGGAGAAACUAAAAAAGUUGCUUCAAAAUUACCCUGGAGGUUUGAAACUAAAUGCAAUCGGCACAAAAUAUGCACAAGUUUACUACACAAAUGCACCCAAGAGGCAGGCGAUAAAAGAUGCGUGCAAGGAUGUCUUUGAAUUCUUCAGUAGGUGCCAGACACCCAGCCGCCGGCUCCUUCGGCUGAAACCAGGUCAUAGCAAGGCAGGUGGUGGCGGGAGAGCAAGUGAAGCCGUCACCUCAAGUCAGCAACUCCCUCACCAAUUCCCUCCGCAGCUACCAAAGCUGCCUUUGAAGGAACAGCUACAGGGGCAGCCCCACAAGAUGGCAACCAGUGUCAAACAACUGAACACAAAUCAAUGCUUUGACGAUGCAGUCCCAAGUUCAAGAGACAAACAACGGAAGCGGUCUGCAUCAACUCAGCGACAGCAGCAGCAAUCCAAGAAGCCAAGACAAGCAUACCUACCACUGGUUCAGCCCUUUGACACUGGAAGUCUGUCAGGAGGGACAGGGUCCAGUUCCAAAAGAUAUCAGCCAGAUGACUCUUCGACGUGGGGAAGAUAUACCUUCAUAGAUGUGAAAAAAGAUUUGGUGGAAUUGAUUCAGAGUUCACCUGAAGGGCAUAUUGAACUGAACUGCCUGCCAGAAACCUAUGAGCGGAAGUACAACAGAGCCCUGAACCUUGCUGAAUAUGGUAUCACCACAGUUGACUCGAUUGCUGAUACAUUCAGUGACAUUCUUGAGGUUUUCAAUCAGUGCGAACACACCAGGCAUCUUAGUGUCCGCAAUAAGCCAGAAGACGCAACUGCUCAACAAAACAGAGUCAGUGGUGAAGGGGCCCAGUCUAACAGCUUUCAAGAGGAAGUGAAAGAGUUGCUAAAAGAUUUCCCUAAAGGUUUGAAGCUAAAAGCAGUUGGCAAACAAUACGUGAAAAAGUACCACAAACAUACACCUAAGAAUAAGGUGAUAAUACGUAUGUGUAAGGAUGAUUUUGAAGUAUUCAGUACCGGUAUGUGCAAAACACCCAGCCGUCGGUUUAUUCGGCUGAAACCAGGUCAUAGCAAGGCAUGUGGUGGCGGGAGAGCAAGUGAUGCCGUCACCUCAUUUCACCAACUCCCUCCCAUUGUGUUCAAUAACACAGGGCUAGGGACCUCUUUGCAAGCAGCCCCGGAGGGCUGCCAAGAUCCAUGCCCAGUAGGGAUUGCAGGAGUCGCAGCAGGAGGUAUUGGCGUCGGUGGAUCUGGUUCAUCAGGAGCCUCACAAGCUGUAGCUGCCUCACCAGUUCCAUUACUGGGUCUCAGUGUUGGUGCUGUAGCUGAGAACCCAAUUACACCACCUGGACAGGGUCACCUCGGGCCUGUGUUAUGCCAACAAAACCAGGAUCAGCAACAGCAACCACAAAAACUUAAGGAAACUGCAGUCGGUCUUGUGCAACAAGAGCAGAUACGAAGUGUGUCAAAAGUACAACCUCAGUGCAGGGACGAUGCAGUCGAGAGUGCAAGAGACAAACAACAGAAACGGUCUGCAUCAGAGUCAACUCAGCAACAGCAUCAGCAGCAGCAAUGCAAGAAACCAAGACAGGUAUACCUACCACCGGAUGAGCCCUAUGGGGAAAUGUGUCCAUCUCUUUUGUCGUCACAAAGAAGCAGCUCAAAGCAACAAGCUCAAAAACAGAGCACCCUGGAUGAAGUGGCCCAGACCCUUAUUGGCAACCUUGCUGCAGCCAAUAGGUUAGUGACAGUGAAACGUGUGGUAGAACUUCUAAAGCAGCAUUUUCAGGCCACCAGUUUGGAAAACCUUGGGCUGCAAAACGAAAGCCAACUGCCUGUCCUGAAUCACUUGAUGAGGCUCCAGUCCAAAGUCAAUGUCUUCAUCCAGGCAUUUGUCCAAGUCAGGCCCAUCUGUACCCUCCACGAACUCCGGGAAUCUCUAGCGAUGGUAGAUGCCCCAACCGGUUCCACAGAGAAGCUUGACUAUGCUGCCCUCCACCUAGGUCCCUUAUCCAAGCAGCCCCUGGUCUAUUAUUUCUUUAAGUUUCCACCAACCAAAGAUGACAGCGAUAUCCCCAAGAUCACAACCCUUCAUGUCUUGGAAAUUCUGAACAAGUAUCUGUCAGAAAAAGACUUGUGGAGAAGUUAUGUGAAGUUGGAGGACUUCAUGGCAUAUGUUGUAGAAGACUAUGGUGUGGAAGGGCCUUAUGACUUGGGUUUGCGAAUCCGGAGUGUUGCGCUUGCCAUUUCAGCACUGAGGACUGCCUAUCGUGAACAGAAAACUACCAUGGACCAGGCUCGUGAAAACUUGAAGACUUCCAUGACUGAAGAGGUGGCUGAAGCAAUGGAGAAAAUCCGCAAAGCCGUGAUAUCACAGGCGGACAUCACUGGGCACCAGUUUCCCUCGGGUCCUCAGCUGGAGGUCCGGCGCCGCUACUGCAACACGACAGCGGCAGACGCAGUCAACAGGGUGUUCAACAACGCCUACGAGCUGUGUGCCUAUAGCAUGCCCCUGCGCCAGUUUUGCAAUGCGCUGAGGAGAAUGGUGAUGGACAGGCUGAGCCGGUCGCUGUUCCAGCUGGCUAUCUGUAGUGGUGACCUGUGUCGGCCGGAUGACCUCCCAGAGGCAAUUCUGGGUUCUGACGACAAAGACGAGGAGGAAAUUGGUCCGGAGGUGGAGCAAAUCCCAGUGAAAUCCAAACCAACUGAAGAUCAAGUCCGUGAAGAACUACAGUGUUACCUAGAACGCAUUCAGCAUGGAAAUGUCAAUCUCAGAGACCUUGCCCGCAUCGAGGACAAACUUUGCCAGCAUUUUGGCUUUCAGGACUUUGUGUCGCUCAGCCGAGCCAGGAAAACCUUCCUGCAGUUCCUCGCACUGGAUCAUCCAGAGGUUUUGGAGAGUGUUGGCGGUACCCUGAUGGGGCUGGUAUCCAGCAAUCCCAGCCAGGGGUCCAUCUACAGACCCUCACGCAUGGAUCUGGUGGAAUUCAUCCGACAGUGCGACCCUUGCAAAGAGUCUCCAGACACCCUGGAUAUCUGCCUGUGUGCCCACUACCAGGUCAGCAGCGUGGAGGAGCUAGGGCAUGGACCUGUCAAUCGGCUGAGUCAACAGAUCAUCAAGAUGGCUGCCACAGUAAACCAGCCAGAGGAGCAAAAUGCUGUUAUUUACGAGACGGCUUUGUGUGCAUCAAAUAGGCGGAAUGAGAGUAAACACAAGGAGGUCGGCUUGUUUGGCUCUCAGAGCCUGGAGAGCGCCCUCGCUUGUCUGGCCUCUGCCCCUCUGCUGGAGGAUCUAGCCGAGUGGUCUCAUUGGUCGAUGGUCUUUGAGCCGGAACAUGGAAACCUGAAAGCAUUUCUGGAACGAAAUCCUGGUCAAAGUGUGUCGCCACCAAUAGAAAUCAAUGCCCUGGAGGUCCGUCCUGGAGUCUUGCUCCGAUUGGCCACAGAUACGUCACCUGACCACUUUGCCGCAGCUGCAAAGCGCGGCGACAGCAUCAACACCGUCGGCCAUCUUGCCUCUCUAGUGGCCAAGGAGGGCCUUACCAAUGCACCACUGGCAUUGCUUAGCAACCACAUGGAGACGGCUCUGAAUAUUCUGGCCGUUGAGUCUGAGGGAGAGGAGAUGAAACACAGGGCUGUGAUUGGUUUUGUGCUGGACUGCCUAAUGGCUGUGCCUCUCCUCAUUGGACAGACAGUUGUUAGGCAGGUCAUCUUAAAUCCCCUGACAACCGUCAUUGGGUCAGAGGUCAAAUCAAGACAGUUGAUUCUCAAGGCCUGCCGCACUACCACCCAGAGGACAAAAAUCCAGAGGCUGGGGCUCCUGCUGGGCAUCGGCCAAUGGAAGAACAGCUUCACAGAGGAAAGGAUGCCCCGGAACAUGGAUAAGGAGGAAGACUAUGUAGAGGACUUCUUAGGAAGUGAGGACGAAUGUUACUUCAGUGAUUUGCUCGGGAUGAGCAAAGCUCCUAAACGUACUGAGGCGGCAGAAAGCUCUUCAACCACGGAGGUCAGUCCCAUUGACACACCAUCCCUUCAAGAUGCUGAAGAGCUUUCCCAGACAUCGCUGGAAAAAGAUGAGCAGAGUAGAGAUGCCCAAGAAGUCCUUAAAGAGGAGGAGACGAAAGAACAAUCUGAAGAUGACUUUGGCAACCUCAUUGCAGCCAGUUUUGAAGAUGAUGAAGAAAGUAUGGAAGUUCAAGAGGAUUUAUGUAAAAGAGAGGGUGAUACUGAUGAUUCUCAGGCAGUGGGCACGGGAGAGGAAAUUUCAGCUCGCGGUGAAACUUUGGAUGGAGAUACUCCACCUGUAACAGAAGAAACAAUCAAGACCGAGGAUGAAGCGGAACCAGAGCCUGACCUAACGCCAUUCCAGCGCGACGUGCUGGACUGCCGGGCAGUGAUCCACAGCAUCUGCCGGGAGGAGUUUGGCGUGGGCAUGGAGCUGGACGAGCAGACCCAACGACUGAUGGACCGGCAGCGGGAACGCAUCGGUCGCAGCCUCAAACGACUCUCUGAGGAGCUGUACAGCAAGGACACCCAUUUUGUCCUGGAGCUGAUCCAGAACGCCGACGACAAUGAAUACGAGACAGGGGUGGACCCUUCCUUAGUAUUCCUGGUGGACAGGUCUGAGGUGACUGUCCUUAACAACGAGGUCGGGUUCUCGGAGAGCAACAUCCGGGCUCUCUGCGACAUCGGGAGGAGCACCAAAGGAAAGCACAAGAGAGGAUACAUCGGGCACAAGGGCAUUGGAUUCAAGUCAGUUUUCAGAGUGACUGACAAACCUGAGAUCACGUCCAAGGGCUAUCAUGUGUGCUUCGAUCAGAGUUCCGAUCAGAUGGGUUACAUCUUGCCCACCUGGGUAGGGCCGGAAGAGAUCCAGGAUGUUGCCCAGAUGGAGGAACCUACCAAACCCUGGACCACCCGGAUCACCCUGCCUCUGAAGGGAGACUUCCAGCGAACCACCAGCCUGGUCAACAAGUUUGAGGAUGUCCAGCCCUCCCUACUGCUGUUCUUAAACAGACUACGAUCGAUUAUCAUCGUUAAAAAGGAAGAGAACACGACAAGCCACAUGAGCAGAAGAGAUAAAGGAGGCAACGUUGUGGAGAUCCGCCACUCCAAACACACAGACAGCUGGCUGCUCAUCAAGAAAUGCUUGGAUGCUGCUAAGCUACAGCGAGUGGGCAUUGAGUCAACAGAGUUAGGUCUAGCCUUCCCUCUGUCUGACGGCAUGUCCAGCGAGCAGAACGUCUUUGCUUUCUUGCCACUGAGGAGCUAUGGUUUCCGCUUCAUCAUUCAGGGUGACUUUGACAUCCCGUCAUCUCGGGAGGACGUGGAUGCUGACUCUGCCUGGAACCAGUGGCUCCUGCGAGAGAUUGCGCCGCUCUUCAUCGAUGCCCUGGAAAACUUCAAGGCACAUUACCACGACGAUCCCGUCCAUGCCGUCUGCCAGUUCCUCAAGUUCGUUCCUAUGGAGAGUCAGAUUCUGACGGACUUCUUCCGGAAGGUGGCCACCAACAUCCACCAGAGACUGAAGGCCACACCCUGUAUGCCGGUACUCACUGGCCAAGGCGAAGAUGAUGUUUGUUGGAAGUUGCCAUCAGAGACCCUCAUGUGUCCAGACCGUAGCGUCCGGGAGUUGGUCUGUGAGUUGGUUCCAGAAGACACCUUGCAAGAGCAUCUGAGCUGCUCCUACCUGCAUCCGCAUGUGGCGAGCGCCGUCAGCGAGGUGUUGCUCAAGAGUCUGGGAGUCAAGGUGCUACAGAUGGCGGAGCUGAUGAACAUCCUGAGCAGUGUGGCACGGGCAGCUAAACAGACAGAGGAACCGUUGUCUCCUAAAACCGUGGCACAAUGGCUGACCUGUAUCUAUCGUAGCCGCGACAAAUACGACGUAUCCCAGGGAACACUGGACCAGCUACGAUCCAUUCCCAUGAUUCCACUGUCAUCGGGACGGGUUGUCACCAUGGAGGAGGGCAGUGUGUUCUUCCCUAACAGGGAGGAAGACAGGACCAACCAAUCACAAGGCCAGAUGCCAUCAGUAGCUCACAGCCAGCCCUUACAGGCCUUGGAGGAGGACAUGUGUACUUUAGACGGCCGAGUCCUGACCAGCCUGGACAGCGUGGCCAACUCCCAGGUGAUCCAGCUGCUUGAGGAGCUAGGAGUCCUUCGCAUCAGUCCUAGAGAUGUGAUUGGCCACCACAUACUGCCGGUCAUCCAAUCCGAUCAGUGGAAGGACAAAUCCCAGGAUGUUCUGGUUGGCUACGUAGUGUACAUCAAAGAACAGCUAGCCAGGCAGCCAGAUGUCUGUGACUUGGACAAGAUAGCAGACUGCAUCCACGUUGUGACCAACCACGGACUGAUCCAACCCAGGGAGAGACCUGUUCACUUCACUGUGACGUAUGGCAACCCUGUUGACCUUAAUCAAGACCUGCCAGGCUGUGAUUGGGUUUUGUUGGACAGUUGCUAUAUCUUCCAUGACAGGCCUCACAGACUCCACCCCAACGAGACUAUGUCAUGGAAUGCUUUCUUCAGUAAGCUCGGGGUGCUGAACUUCCUAGCUGUUGAGAAGAAAGUAGUGACAGUGAAGGUGGAGGAACUGGAUGUGACACCCUGGGCGGACCUUGGCCAAUUCUGGGAGGAACCAGCAGACGGUGUCUACAAAAUCCAUGAUAAUGCCUGCAAAGAGUUUGAAGAGUUGGUCCAAGCCAAUCUGGAAAUGUCUACCAUACAAAGUCAGCGACGGUGCCUUCUUGAGAUUCUCAACCACGAAUGGAGCAGAUACUAUCCUGCUUUCAUGGGGGCUGAAGUGUUUGACCAGUCUGGGACAAAACUUGCUAGCACUGAGUCCAGCUUUGCAAUCCACCUGAAGACAAGCCCUUGGCUGCCUUCAACUCCGAUCAGAGAGGACAAUGCAGGUCAGGAGGUGUUUCGAAGGCCUAAUGACAUCUUCAUAUAUUCAGUUAGAGCACGGGAGCUCCUGGGUGAUCAUGUUCCUUACUUGGAUGCCCCUGUCCAAGGGGAUGGAGGCCCCAUGUUACAAUUCAUUGGAUUGAAAACCAUUGGAGUACUUGAUGUCAACUUCAUGAUUUCAAAGCUGAAGUCGUGGUGCGGUGAUGAGGGCCAGUCACCAGAUCUUAGAUCUGGAACCCCCUUCUGCACCUCCCUGGGUCACAUCAUCAGGGUGUACAGUUACUUGGAGGAGAAUUGCCGUCCCAAGGAGCUCAAAGAAUUAUUCAGUGAUCACAGAGUUGUGUUUGUUCCUCCGAAGGUAAUGCUGCAAAAAUAUGAGGUCCCCGUUCCUGGCCAAUUUGUCCACAAGUCUCUGGUAUACUGGCAGGAUCCUUCAAGUCUCUUAAAGAAGUACAUCAAAUGGUCCACCCGUGCCCAGCUGUGUGCACUUUACCCCCAAAACAUGGAGGACUUCUUUCGAAGACAAAUCAAUGUUGACAGUAUGCCGACCAUCAAAGAAUAUGCCCAGGUCCUGGUUCAUUGCGCUGGGGCUAUUGCACUUCCAGACAAUGCUCGCAUCAAGGAAGAAGUCUUGGUGCUCUAUAGCAUGCUUGGUCAAAAGUGCUCUGCUUUAAGCUCAAGUGGACAUAGACAUUAUUCGGAUGAACAUGCAGUUGGGUCAGCUCAGCAGGAACCAGAUGUUAAGUCGAGUUCUGUCCAGUUCUUGAAAAGCAUCCUUGAGGGGCAAGCAGUCUUUCCCACUUCGGGCAACAAGUGGGUGACUGCGGAGGAGAAGCCCCUGAUCUGUGACAGCCAAUCUACAGACAUCCAGAAGCUCUUCUUGGACAAGAAGGAGGUGCAUCUGUUGAAUUUUGGAGAUCGCAACCGUCUUGGCCGAGUUGUUGAAGGUGUGUCUGGGUCAGUAGACCAACAAUACGUGGAUGUUUUCCUUGAGGCAUUUGGCAUUGAGAUGCUGUCGGACUGCAUCAAAGAAGAAUUCAUCACUGAACUCACAAAGCCAUCUCCCCUACUUCAGCUUUUCCUCCAUGAUGUCUGCCAUUAUAUUCAGCUCUACAUGAGCAUGCAGCGCAAUGUCAAGAAGGAGUUCCAGUCCACAUGUGAGAAGCUUUCAACCACAUUGAACAUCGCUGCCAAGUUGAAAGUUAUGCGCUUCAUGUCAGCCAAAAAGAUUGACAAGGUCUACCGUUUCACACAUGACCCCAGUGUGUUUGCAGAGCAGAGCGUUGAGUGUGGACUCCAGGAGCUGACAGAGUUCUACAUAGUGACAGGCAUCUCCAAGAAUCUGCGGCAGAACAGCAAUGUGAGGCGAGAGGUGGCCAAACUCUUCAGCUGCGAGAGCACUGAGGUCCAAGAAGCAUUGUUCAGUUUCAUCGGCAGUCUGCUCCUGGAGAUGGGGUCCAAGCGGGGAGAAUCCGUAGAGAAAGGAAUCAAUGAGGGUAUCUGCAGGGCCUUGGGGCUAACCUUCCCUCGAGAGGACAAUGAUGAACCGUGGGAGGUACCCAAACCAUUCAUCCCAGAGGAAGUUGUAUUCAAACCAACCAAAGUCAAGCCGGUAAGGGAAGCUACACAGCCACAGCCGUCAGCCAGUUCACUGCUUCAGGGUAAUGACGGUGCCGCUAUUCGCAGCUGGCCGCCUCGGUGUGGGACCUACGGCCCACAAAUAUCAACCAAAGCUGGUGGCUUUCCCAAGAAUGAAGAAGCUGUCCUCAAGAUGUGGCCUCCAGUCCAGCAGUUAGUUGGUGCUUAUCAAGCUGCCCCCUUUUCAACAGGUCCUCCACAGUCCACUGGCAGGCAGUCACAACCUCGUUAUGGCAUGCCACAUGAGGGCACUGCAAUUACUCAAGGGAUGCCACACUACCAGAGUUGCCAGGAUGGCGUUGUAGUGCGGACCUCGGGAGCCAAUGGAGGAGGGGAGGUACCCAAUCCAGGGCAGGUUGCUGGACAAGGUGGAAGCAGAGAAGGCAUUGGUCCCCCUCACCUUCACCAACCAUCUGCAGGAGGUCCAGUACAGCCCAGACCCGCCCAGGCACAGCAAGAAGCCUCGUCUCCUAAUGAAUCCUCAAGUGAUCCCACACAGUUGGCUAAAAACAUGGAGGGGCUCGGUUCAACAGAGGAGGAUUCCUGGGAGAGUGCAUCCUUGGGAUCAGGACUGGUGAAAGAUGAUAAUGGCAAUGGUGAUGAUAAUGUGGAAGGCAUUCCGGCACCUGAGAUGGUCAAGGGAGACUUUUACAGUCCGCCUCAAGUCCAGCGUUCAGCAGCCCUUCCCCAUCCCUCCACUGGCAGCAUCAAGAAAUUCUUCCUACCACCACACACCAGUGGAGAAGCCAUUGAGGUGGAGUUUGAAGACAUUGCUCCUGGCCCAGCUCUCCUGGAGAGUCUUGAAGGCCUGGGCCGUCCUCUUGGCAACAACACAGACACGACGAACAUUGCACGCUGGGGAGAGAAGCUGGUGUACCUCUACCUGCUCCAACAGGCUCAGAGUAUGUCACCAGAAGGGUCAGAAGUUACAGUCAAGUGGGUCAACAUGCAGGACGAGACAGGGGAUCCGUAUGACAUCGUCAUCACCUGUGGCUCACAGAACAUCUACGUGGAGGUGAAGUCGACAAUCAGGGACCAGAAGCAGGUUGUGGAGAUAUCGCCCAGGCAGGUGGCCUUCGCUCUGGAGAUGGGUCAGGCCUUCCACCUGUACCGGGUGUUCAAUGCCGGGAACAAGAGUGGGGUGAGGCUGGGUCGUCUGCAAAACCUAGCCCUCAGGAUGGACAGGAAAGAAGUCAAACUCUUCAUGUACCUGUGAUGUGCCGAUGAGUGGACAUACAAUUGCUGAAGACACACAUCCCCAUUCCUCUAAAUUUCAAGUGCCCCAGGUACCUCUUCACUCAAAAACCAUAACACACUGUACCUCCAACUAAGAAACAUGUGGUCUGUGAUCAGAUGGUUAAAGGGCCCAUAAGAUGUUGUUACCAAAUUUCAGUCCCCCAACUAGAAAAUCCUGCCUACAUCAUUUGCUGUUAUGUGGAAAAUCAAUGUAAGCUCAGUACAAAAAGUUCAAUAUUAGGGACGCUAUGGAGUACUUUCUCUGCAUGAGCAGAACAGAAAAUUGAAACAGCUCCUCGUAAUUGCAAUUUAAAAAAUAUUCCUAUGACAGUAGUACAGUCGUUUAUGAAAUUUGGGUUUCAAAGAUCUAAGUUCUGUUUAUUUCUUUGGCACAGGUACUGGUCUUUCAGUAGUAUGCAGAUCUUACUUCAGGGGAAGUUUCACCUUGUGGGUUAAAAAUGUUUGACUUGUGAUCAAAGGAUCUGGGGUUCCAAUCUAGAUGGCGGUCAUGUGCUGUGUCAUAGGUUCAGCUAGGCACUUCAGCCCAACAUAGUUUUCUCAGCCCAAAAGAAUAAAUGAUAUUGUCAGAAAGUUUGUAGUAUAAGUGUAGAAGAAAAAAAGAAGUUAUAAUUUCUUUUUGCCAGAAUUUAUUUAUUUAUUAUGUUUCAUGUUUUUGUACAAGAGCCGGGGGGAAAUGGGUUUGUAGGAGAAAUAUUUGUUUUCAUGUUGGCAUGAUGUUUGUUAUAUUUAACCAGUUUGCGCCAGAUGACCUCUAUACCUGCAAAGGUUUUGCAGAAAUCGAAACAAAUGACGAAUAAACAUGCAAAGAAAGAGGCCAGAAAUACGAGUGUGCUACCCGAGAGUGAUGACUUCAACCUGCCUGACAAGAUGUCGAGUGAAAAGUAAUCCUGCACCUUGUUCUGUUCUUGUCAAAAUAAUCCUGGCGCAAACUGGUUCAAGAAGGCUUUUCAAACAGAUGGAUAGGUUUGAAACAGUUGCAUCUAAAAAUGGAAUGUUUCAUUUCACAACAGUCGAUAUGUUAACACACAUCUUUCCAUGUAAACUGGUAAACAUCUUUUGAAUAGCUUUUAUUUAAAUUUCUUUCAUUUAAAUUAUUUAUUAAAAAAAAGCCGAAGAAAGUGCCAUUAGUCCCACGAAUUCGUUUUUGGCAGUACAGGUCAGUUCUGAAUAUAAUUUGUGUAAUAUUCAAGGAUUGUGUAAUCCAAAUGUUUCAACCAGUCUACCAAGGAAGAGGAAGUGUAUUGGGCCUUAUUUAAUAAUACAUUGUCAAAAAAAAGGUAUUUCUAAAAAAAAAAGUUAUGCAGUGGUAUUUUGUGCUAACUUUGUAACAGUUGCUGUAAAGUACCAUAAAAAAAUAAUAAACAAUUAAAAAGGACAAAAAUGAAAUUGCUUAUUGUAGAUUUUCA